CAAAAAAGAAAAUCAUUGUUACAGAGCGAGGAACCUGUGAGUUCGUAAUAGUUUCCUACAGUUUUUUUUUUCCCUAAAAAACUGCUCUUAACAUCUUCAAAACAUCGAAACAUGUCACCACUCGGGACUAUUGUCAUGUUGUUAAGUAUUGUAGGUGGCGCUGUGUCGAUCACGGUGCAGGUUUCUCCAAAGGUUGUCAACGUGACGAUAGGUCAGUCUGCAAGGCUUGAUUGCAAUUUUUUCACCAAUCAGCCCUUGAACAACCUCAUGGUCCAGUGGUCUCUCUACCCGUGGGGCUCUGAGACUCCAGUACAGGUGUUCUUUUAUCAGUCAGGAAAGUAUGUGAUUGGCCAGCAUUUUAAGGACAGACUGAACAUCCUUUCUAAAAUGGGAAGCAGCAUGAACGCCUCCAUCUCCAUCAGCAACAUGCAGACCACAGACGCCGGAACCUACACGUGCGAUGUCCACAACUUCCCUGACAUCGAGGGCACAACUGAGGCUAACAUCAGGGUUCAUGUUUUUGAGAAACCGUCACACCCGUACUGCGCUGUGCAUGGAGACGUGGCGACGGGUCACCUGGUCACCCUCACCUGCCAUUCGGUGCAAGGCAGCCCCUCUCCCACAUACAAGUGGACUAGAAUCGAACAGGGAAUCAGCAAACAAGUGAUGGGCAUUGCAAAUGAGAACACUGGCAUCAUGAACAUCAGAAACAUUUCUCAGUUUGAGUUUGGAACGUAUCAGUGCAACGCCUCCAACGUUGUUGGUUUCUCCAUCUGCACUAUUGAUCUGAACUCAGAGAUGAAUGAUGCAGCGAUAGCAGGCGCAGUGAUUGGGGCCCUGCUGUGUGUUGCCUUCAUCGUGCUGCUGGUGUGGUUCGUCGCUCAUCAUCUGAAGAAGAAGAAACACAAUGCAGCCAAGGCUAGCGCGACACAAGCUGCAGUGAACUAUAAGGCCGUCCCUCCACAAGAAACAGUGUCUGAAUAAGUCACCAGCACAUCUGAGAUACAAACACAAAGAAAGUUUUUUUAACGAUUUUUUUGUUUGUUUGUUUGUUUGUGUCUUUUUUUAGCUAUCGAGAUACUGAAUGAUGUUUCUGUAAUUUGGUUUUAAAAGCACUGACAUUGCCGGAGGCUUUGAAAUAGUGGAGAUUCAGCAUCAAAUGUGUGGUGAAAAUCGAUGUCUUUUUAAAAAAAAUUUCUACAAACAAGAUUUUUUUGUCUUGUUUAUCAGCUUGAUUUUUGUGAAUUAAAAACAAAGAAAUCUAAAUUAGCCUUGGAAAGUUAUCUUCAUGACUGUUGGACAUGCUUUUACUUAAGCGUGGAUUGUAUUUUCUUUUAACUACACACGCAUGUAUGAGAGAUGUCUGAGGCACGUAUCCUGCACGUCCUCAGAAAGUAACGCUACACACGAUGUUCACUUCAGCACAGCUCACACGGUCAGUUAACAUAAAUGUUCCAAAAAUGCAUGCGUUCCUCAGUUGUAGAACAUUUUCAAAUGUUUGUGUCACAUGUGAAAAUGUAAUUCGUUAAGUAAUUACUCAAGUAGUUUUUGCAUCAGAAGACUUAUUUACUUUUUCCCCAGUAAUUUCUUGAUCACUACUUUCACAAGUGAAUUAUUACUACAGUAGCAGGACUUUUACUCGUCAGUGACACUGCUGUGCUCAGAAUGAUUCACUGAUCAAAGAUCUCAUCUGAUUAAUUGUACACACUAACAGAUAAAACAUAAGACAAGAUAAGACUCUUUAGUAAUGCCAGGUGGGAAAUUCCAGGUGGGGAAUCAGUAAUUGUAAACCUAUAAAGUGCACCUUUAUGGAGCAUACGUCAAAUUUUUUACAUCACUAAAUAAUAUUUAAAUUAAGCAAUCUGUUGAUUUAAGAUGCAACAUAGUUUUUGCAUAAGAUGCAACAUUUGUUCGCAUGCUAACUAGUGAAAACACUCAGUAAAGUAUAAGGCUGGUCUCAAAAUCUCUGGAGAAAAUUGUCCAUUAGUUUGUCCCUUCAUUAAUAACCAUUCAAGUCCUUUUGUUAUUUUUCAAGACUUUCAUUUUUAAUAACCGUACUAUGCACUGUGUGUAGAUUUAUUGUGCUAACAAGACAUUCUUUUAAUUCUUUUUUCUACCAAGAUGCAUUUGGGAUAUUCCUCAAAAUGUUAGACAUGCCAGUAAUACGUAUCACUUACUACACAUGACUCUUGAUGUCUGGAAAAUACCCUUGAUGUGCUGGAAAAAGGGGAAAUACAUAGACAGCGUAUAGAAACAGGAAGCAGAUGUGCAGAAUCGCAUCACAUACGGUUACCCACUUCCUCUGACGGUUCAGCUCCGUUUUUUCACACAUUAGUCUGCACUGUCUUCUUCUCUUGCUAUUAUUAUUACAACACUUGGUUAAUAAAAUGCAUGUUGAUAUUAGGACGGUAUAUUUGGUGGACGUGUCCCAUCUGAUCUGUAAAAAUGAACGGUUAACCCUGUGACACAUGAGGCCUCAGUGUAGCAGCUCAGUUUAAGUGGUUUGAGACGUGUCUUUGAUUGACUGUGCAUGAAACAGCAUGUGUGUCCACAAACUUAUCAGCCCAACUACAUCUCAGAAACCACAUAAAAGACCUGAAAGUAGGGCACAAAAAAGUGGCUUAUUGAAAAAGGCUUCUUUUUCAAGGUCAUCGUGGUGCACACACGUUUCUGAUGUAAGGACAUUAUCCACUCCAUAAUCCCCUUUUCCCUCUCCUAAUAUCUUACAGUAGAAAUGCUUCUGUACAUCAUUCACACACUGGCUGCACUUACACUUUGCCUUUGUUUGUGGAAAUGUAUUAGAUUUAAUUCUGAUUAUUUGCUAUAAAACAAGACCUUGUUUGUUCAACCUUUUUUUUUUUUUUUUUUUUUGCUGUGUUCCCAAACCUAUACAUCAACUGAAAACAAAAUAAA